UGCCAGCCAUGUCCUGCCUCUAAAACAAAAAUACAGGGUUUUAUUAGCAUUUUAACGCAUACACUAAGAGCAGACCUGCUUCUCUUUUUCUAUAUAUAUGUAUAUAUAUUUUUUCUAGAGAUAACAAGAAAAAAACAAGAAGGAGAGAAAAUGUCUUCCCCCGCGCAGGAGAGGAGCUGUGGCGUUCAGCUGCUGAGCGCGAUGCUGCUGCUGCUCUCGCUCUCCGGUUGUUCAAGCAUGGAUGUGCUCGUGGCCAAUUCCAUUAAUGCAUUGAAUGGAACAACUGUCAAAAUCCCCUGCACAUUCACUUCCUGCUACAGGAUGGAUACUACCAAAUUUUCCAUGAACUGGACCUACCAAGAAACACUCAACGAUACAGAGGAGAUGUUUAUGACAUACUAUAAGAAAAAAGGGAUGGUGCCUCUGCGUUCAGACCGGUUUGGAGAGCGUGUCAUGUUUGCUGGGAACCUGGAUAAGAAUGAUCUGUCAAUCACCCUAUCAGAUGUUCAGGUGGAGGAUGUGGGAAUUUACAACUGCUAUGUGAGAAACCCCCCAGACCGCAUCCAGGGACAUGGCGUCAUACAGCUCAAUGUUGUCACUGAACUUCCCCCUCCAAGGGAUUCAACUAUAGCAGUUGCGAUUGGGGCAUCAGUGGGCGGAGCAUUGGCACUGCUGAUCCUUUCCAUGGUGGUAGUGAAAUGUCUUCGUCGACACCGGAAACAGGAGCUGAUUUCGGAAGAGAAGAUGGAGGAGGAGGGAAAACUGGAGGCUGAGGGUGUUGCAGAGGAGGGAACCAAACAACCAUAGCUGGGUAUUGUGAUUGAUCCAGGAGAAUGUGGAGCUCUCACCCCCAACACCUCCUCUGAUGUGUACCCCCCUCCCGAAGAUCUAUCGUAAACACUGCUUGAAUCAUUGUCCACUGAUACUUCCAUCUCCUCUGCAUGUGUGUGUGUGCCGUAGCACACAAGUGUGCUGGUUCGUGUGUAUGUGUGUGUAGCGUGCGUACUGAAUGUGUCUAUGUGUGCGUGCCUAAUUCCAUAUGUCUGUGUGAGAUCUUGUGUGUCUUUUUCCAUGAAAUAAGGCAGGGAACACUUUUCUGCAGCUUAACCACAAACUGCAUAUUAGGUUUUCAUAGCAACAAGUCAAUAUCAAGCAUAAGCAUUAGAGGUCUCAUGAUAAGCGAUGGCAUUUUCAUAGCACACUAUAGGCUAGGGCUGGGCGGUAUGACCUAAAACAUAUACCAUGGUAUAUUUUGAAUAUGGAAUGGCAACAAUACCACAGCAUCACAACCUCUAAUUUUAGCUCUCAAGCUUUAAUAGCAAUUCAGUCCAGGGCUUUGGGACUGUUUAUUGCCUGAAGUCCAUUAUUAACCGACUAUUUAAACUUAAAAGUGGUUGUAGAGGCAGAGCUUCAUAGCUGAUAGAAGUUAAAAGCCUAUCACACUGCAGAGCAGAUGUUGUUGUUGUGUGUAUCUGUUGUGUGAUGGGAUGCCGUCUGCUCCACUGUCUCACAACAGCUGCAGUCCAGCUUUGGGAUUUUGUUUUGGGUGAAGUGUUUUGGUUUAACAUACUGUGAAUCCAUUGCCUUAAUGCCAUGUUUCCCUGGGUACCAUGUCUUAACAUAGCUGCAGACAUAAUGCAUGUGUGGUGUCCUUCCACAUGUGCUUUUGCGAAAUUAUGUCUACAUGUCUAAAUGGUGUCAACUUCAAACAUUCCUUAAAGGCAUGGAGGUUUUUAUAGCAAAAACAGUUGCCCUGCAUAAUGACUUGUUACAAUAGGAAAAGCACAGAUACUGCUAAUCACAUAAAUGCUGGCUCUGUUUUAUUCAAGUGUGACACUAGCUGUGUCAGAAAUCACUGCCUAUUUAGUAUAUAGUGCACUAUAUUCAGCCUUCACCAUUUUCUUUGUAUGUGUAAAAUGUAGUCACUAUAUAGUGCCCCCCAAAAAAUCCCACAAUGGAACAAAAAGUAGUGACAAUACAUUGUGUCUUAUUUUGAAAAAGUGAAAUUUAUAGUCCAAUAACAUUAGUUUUUGGUAACACAAAAUUUAUUUUCAUUCAAGUUUCUUAAAUUUCCAAGUGUAGAAUGAACAAUUAUAUGAAUGAAUGUGAGAGCCGGUGUGACAUUGAGUCAGCAUGCACAAUACCAGGACCCUGAACUUGAAGCAGCUAAAUGGAGUUCAGCCAUUAAUCAUUUUAUUAUUUACACCUGUGCUUUUUCUUCUGUGAUAAGUCAGAAAGUCUUCUGUGCAAAGGGCAGGUGAUGUUAUCCAAUUAUCUCUUGGUCUUGCCUGUGUCUUUUAUUUGUUUUUUUUUAUUCAUUCAUUUUAGUUAACAAUCAAAAGUGUUUUUUUAGUGUAAAAGUUGUAUGCUUGCUCUCAGUGACACAAAUAAGGGCAACUGCAUUGGUUAUAAUGUGGUGAGUUGUAGUGAUGCUUUCAGAGCACUUCAUGUGACCUUAUAUUUAUUUAAUUCAGAACAAACAGCAUAGCCAAAUAUAUAUACAUACAUAUAUAUAUAUAUAUAUAUAUAUAUAUAUAUGUAUUGUUGUCAUUAUAGGUUAUACCAUCCACCCCUAUACUGGGUACUUGAUCAUCCAGCCUGGCCUUGUACAAAGGUUUGACAUGUUAGUGAACCUGAUACAGAGGUUGCAGUAGCAGGCACAGAUUUCAGUUCAGUCUAGCAAGGGUUACAAUUAGUCUUCAUUCUUUAAGAGCAUACAAUACUUGCAAUAUUUGUAACUGCAAUACAUCGUACUACCAUUUGCACAUACUGCAUAGGAAAAACAGUGACAGUGUUGAGCUUUCCUCUCAGAAUAUUUCCCUACAAUACAAAUAAAGCGGGAACUGGAGGACUAUGAGGUUCAAGAUAAAAUGAGGUGAAUUAUUGUUGACUACAUGAGUCAAAAACAUAUCAAAGACAAUUUAAAGUGAAAAUCUCACAUUGCACCCACAAUCAUAUAAGUCAUGUUCAUGUUAGCCUGUAUUUAUAAUUAUAGAGAUAGAAAUAAAGGCUGCCUAAACAGAGACCUACACAGACAACAGUAGCACAACAACAACAAUAACCUUUACCAUGACCCAUAUCACACGCAGAUAAGAGCCGAGUCCCACUAAAGACUAAUUUAGGAAGUAAUACUAAACAAUGAUCGUAAUUAAAAUAUAAGAUGUUUAUAUUUAUGACUGACAGAGAACAGCUUAUUGAUGAAUGUUUGGUUUGGUUAGUGUCUCCCUAUAAAUUGUAGUUGUUGUAUCCACCUAACAAGUAGAAUAUGUUAUUUUGGUUAAAUGAUGCCUGUACAAUGUACUAUAGUGCCAUGAAUGCAUGUCAAACAAUGCAUAUCAAAAAGAAAAAUGUAAUUAAAGAAAGUGAGAAAAAUCUGUUCUGUUAGUUUUCCCAAAAACACACAGUAAUGUCAGUCAGCAUGUUUAAGAUGGUGUCAUUUUUUAUUAAAUAUUAUGAUACCUGAUUUUCAUUUUUAAUUUAAUUUUGAUACAUGCGUAUGUAUAUAUAUAUAUUUUUUUUUUUUUGCUUGUGUAUAUCAUUUAUAGCGUGUCAGAGGUAUUUGGUUGCAAUUUGAUAUAAUUAAUUUGUCUCCUGUUAACUAUCAAUAAACAGCUAAAUCUUAUAUAUUUCAUAUCAUGAAAAAAGCAUCCAUACAAGCUCUUAAAAUCUAAAUCUUUUUACUCGUAUUUCAACCAGAGUCCAGCUGGAACCAGAGAUUUUUAUGCAUUUUAAAGCCAUUGCACCUAGAUACAAUACACUUUUUUGUGUCUAUUUUAAAGCAGAUUAACAUAUUAAAAGUUGUAAGGAUACAAGUUUUAAACCUUAUAUUCUAGCUCUUUCUCCAAAGUAAUGCCUUUACCUCAACAGUGGUGUUUAAAACUGUAGAUAUUGUUUUGCACAUUAACACAUUGACACCUAAAUAUAAUCAUUAUGGAGAGCAUGUAAAUAUAAAGGAAAUGGGGAACACAUAUAAAGCUAACCUUAUCAAGAUGGUAUAUUGGAAUGUGGCUGUUAUAACAGAAAUAUGGCAUGGGAUUGUAUGGUUAAAUGGGAAACGUAUCAGUAGUGUACUUAUUUGAUCAUUUAUUUGGUUGGAGCACCUUGAAUGUUACAAAAUAUAUAUAUUCUCUUUAAAAAAAAAUACUGAAUCACUAUUUAAUGUCACUUACAUGUUAUAGCAUGUGAGCUUUGUUAAUCUCUGAAUGUCCUAUGAUGUUUUAACUACAACAGGCCAGUUGUGUCUGUGCUACCUGUGAUGUGUCAAGCUGGUUAGCUAUGUCAUCAAGCUAUUGGAGGGUCGAUAGUGCUUCUAUAUUUGGUGGCUGGGGCAUUGCUGGUUUUUGACAUUGUUAAAAAAAAACUGUGUACAGGUCUGUGUUUAGGCCUAUUACUUAAUUAGGGUCUUUUAAUGGUUUUUGUCAUUUAUGAUUUUAUAAUCUAUGUUUUCCAAAACUAAAUGUGAUGUAUUGUGUGAUUUCCUGACAUAUCAAAAGUGCAUCUUUUGCAUCAAAAUAAUAUAAAAUUCACAAUUACAUGUUGCUCUGUAAUCAUCGAUAAAGCUAGUGGUAAUUUAAAGGAGCUAUUUGUUAGUUUUGCUAUUGCUACAUAACUAAGUUAGCAUUAACAGCUGUUUACUUCCCAGGU